UGUCUUCUUUGCUCACUUUCUCCCACAGGACACCAUGCGCUACAGCAGAGUACAGAGCUGUAUGUUGGCAGCCGGCUAUCUUGCUUAUCUCCUGGUGGGUGCUCUCAUUUUCCAGGUUCUGGAGAAAGAUGCCGAAAGAAUACAACAAGGCAUCACCUAUAGAAUGAAGGAGGACUUUCUGAAGAACUUCACUUCCUUCAGCCCAGCGGAGGUCAAAGUCUUUGUGGAGAAUCUGAUGGAAGCCGUUAGGAUGGGCAUAUAUCCAGCAGGAAAUGAAUUCCCUGAUGAACACAACAACUGGGAUUUCAGUAACUCUUUCUUCUUCGUGGGUUCUAUGUUAGCCACAAUAGGCUAUGGAAACCUCUCUCCCAGAACGGCUGGUGGUCAGCUUUUUUGUGUCUUUUUUGCUCUCUUCGGAAUUCCUCUGAAUAUUGUCUUUUUGCAGCAUGUUGGCAAGAUGCUUUCAACGCUCUGUGAAUGGCUAGCUAAAUGGCUGUAUAGGAAAGGGGUAAAGAAGAAAACAGCAAGGGGCUUGACACUUCUGUUCUUCCUGGUUAUGGGAAUACUAGUGUUUCUUUGUGUGCCAUCAGUCAUCAUUCGAAAGAUAGAGGGCUGGACCUAUAAUGAAGCAAUUUAUUUUACAUUUAUUACCCUUAGCACCAUUGGAUUUGGGGAUUAUAUGAUAGGGAGGCAACAUGACAAGUUCUACUUCCCUGGCUAUCGGAUUGUGGUAGCAAUUUGGAUUAUCUUUGGACUUGCUUGGAUAGCACUACUGUUUAAUUUACUGACAACAUUACUAGAAGACCGAAAUGAGAAACCCAUCAAGGAUUAUCUUCAGGUCAAAAUGGUCAGAAAGAGAAAGAAGAACUCAAAAAAGGAUCCAUCUGCUAGGUUUUCACUGGAAGGUGGUUUAGCAUUGCAUUCCAGUAAUGAUGGACAGAGCAAUCGGUUAUUUUAA